GGCUGCAAGAUGAGGACGCUGAGGUCCGACAGUCAGCCACCAAGGCGCUUGGCAACAUCGGCCGCUGCGACAAGGAUGCCGUGCUUGCGCUGGAGGGGCGGCUGGCGGACCCGGACUGGCGCGUGAAGCAGGCGGCCGUCGAGUCCCUGGAGCGGCUGGCGCUGGCAGCCUCGAGGCCGCAGCGGUCGCUGUCGCGGCGGUCGAGCGUCGAGAAGGGGGCGCGCCAGAGCGGGUCGGCCACGGUGGCGCGCCCGAGUGCGCUGCAGGCCUCGCCGGGGGCCUCGCCGAGUGCCGCGCCGUCGGGCCGCGCCCUGCGGGGGCCGCAGGCAUCGCCGGUGGCUUCGUCGCAGGGGUACGCGGGCUCGCGCCAGCCGCUGAGGCAGGUGCCCCCCGCGGGGGCGUCGCCCCGGGCGCCCAGGAAGACGCUCGUGGCGGGGGCGCCUGCGAGGGCUGCCAAGCCGCAGG